CCCCGACCCUAUGUUUCCCACGGUCAUGAAUCACGCCCGAGUGGCCAUGCAGGGCGGGUCAUGAAUGACGCGUCGCAUGAUCGGCGACCGCGUUCAUAACACGGCUACAACCACCGCUGCCCCUAUGCCACUGGCAUGUCUGGUUAUACGCUGCAGUGCUCCAUGUCCUGCAUGGAGGGCUUUGAUGGGUGCUUUCACCACCGCCGCUUCCCCGAAGCGGACUAUGUGGGUCGCUGCACCCACAUGACCAAGAAGUCCGACUUGAAAGUCCGUUGCUCGUGCAAGUCCCUCCACGGCCGAGACGUUUGCGAGUGGCAUGAACUCUACCCCACGCGCUUUUACUUGGAGGUUAUGCAGGUGGACCGCAAGCCCGCGUAUUACGACUCGGACUCGGACAACGAACCCGGACCAUCGACUCCUCGUCGGGCUCCCAUGAAGCGCACUACCCGCACCCCCGAGGCCUUUUGGGAUGCCGAGGAUCACGAAGAACCCACCUUUGUCUCCCCCGAGCAGAAGGCCGAUGAUGCCAAGAAGGCCGAGGAACUCGCCAGGAUCGUGAGUGCCCUCAUGUCUGUCUCGGACAGAGGCGACGCCAUUGAUACCGAUGCAGUCAACAAGAUCAUUUCGGGCGUCAUUGGUGAACGCUCCCCCAGAGAACGUCGCACCUUCACUCCCGCACCCAAGGCCACCAAGGGUAUCAAGGUCAAGGCUGAGCGUGGCUGAAUGGGUGGAUGUAUUGUUUUGUUUGUCACAGAGUCAUGAAUACAUUUU